AUGGUCUACUUCACGAACUACUCGAAAGGAUACGUUGUGGAGUAUGAAACUCCGUGUUUUAAAAGCUGGCUUCUACUUCCAGCGGAGAAUUUAUGGAGUGAUGGAGUUCGAGGAUUUCUAUACACAGUUGCCAUGUUCUAUUUAUUUCUAGGGAUCGCUAUAAUCGCCGAUAUUUUCAUGAGCUCUAUCGAGGUAAUAACAAGUAAAAAGCGCAAAGUUACACGCUACGAUUCCGAAAAGCAAGAACGCGUUGAGAUCGAAGUAUUUGUAUGGAACGAAACCGUGGCUAAUUUGACUCUUAUGGCGCUGGGAUCUUCCGCGCCAGAGAUUCUUUUAGCUGUAGUAGAGACGGUUCAAAAUCUAGGAAACGUACCGGACGCAUCACAGGAGGACAAAGAUGGUCUUGGUACUUUUACCAUAAUCGGAUCAGCUUCAUUUAAUCUGCUUCUUAUCACGGCACUAUGUGUGGUAAGUGUUCCCAGCGGAACCGUAAAAAAGAUUCGCGAAUUGGGAGUCUUUAUUGUCACUUCUGUGUGGUCGCUGUUCGCGUAUGUCUGGCUGUUGGUGGUGUUGAAAUGGUCCUCGCCUGACGAGAUCGAGUUAUGGGAAGCGUUCGUGACGCUGAGUUUUUUUCCUCUUCUUGUCAUCACAUCUUGGUGUCAGGAUAACGGCUGGUGGUGUAAGCGAGGCAGAAUUAUAAGCGUUGAAAGUCCCGAGGUAAGUAGAUUGAUAUAAUUUUAAUUUAAGCACAUUGUCCUGUUCAAUUAGAAAAUACUGUUCAAUACAAUUACAGCGGCAAUCCGGUUUCCGUGAGAAAUCGCGGUACUUCAACUCUGUUUACUUUUCUACUUGUUUGUUUUCUAAAUUCCUUUGUAAAAAUUUCCACUGGCUAUCGACGUCAUUAAGCGAAAUUCGUAUUUUAGCGUUAACUUCAACCUUGCGAAGAUUAACAAAUCAUAUACAAACGUUCACAUUGUCUCUCUCCAAACAAACACACUCCUUUUCAUAAACAACGUUAAUUACAAUGAUCUGUCACUGCAACGGUUUUGUUUCACGGGAUAGUACUAUGUUACUCACGGAGUUAAUUAAUUAAUUAAGACAGUUGGUGAGAUAAGUAACUUUCAAAAUAAAGAAGUACGUUUUACGGGGCUCAGUAAGAUUGCAGUUUCUUUUGCUCGCUAAUCAAGGCUGAAACAUUGCUCCUAUCCACAUUCGAUAAAAAAAAUGCAUUUUAUUCUCUCUUUGACUGCUUCGUAUUGAUUUCGCUCAACCAUUUCGAAUUUUAAUCAUUGUGUUCAUCACUUCUGCAGUUUUUCGCAAGUUUCUGGGCUUUAUUUUCGAUGAUCACUUCUUAAAAUUAGGAAGUUAAGCGAUACAGUUUUUUUUCUUGAUUUAUACUAAUGAACACGAGUCACUAACUACGAGGAUAGUACGCAGUAUUAAUUUAGAGCAACAAACCGCAUCAGUUUGCUCCUUUCAAUUUUAAGCCAGUGCAGUUAAUCCGAGACAAAAACCAAGCGUUCACCAUAUUUAUUUUCUGACCACAUCCGAGGUAAUCGGUAAUCCCUGAUUACAUUCCAAUUAAGAAGAAUGUUAUUAGUUACUUUGUAAAAGCUUAGUUUGUUGCGUUUAUGACACUCUAAUAACAAAUACGAGUACGAUGCCUACAAUGAAAUAUAAUUAUGCCAUCGUACAAUUUUAUUAGAUGAUACAAAGAAGAAAACCUCAUCAAAAUGAAAAUUUUCUUCCUUUUUUUGCCCGAUGUUAACAAAUUUGAGUGUUUACUUAACGUUUUCCUGUUAUCGUCUUUGAGUCUGGAUUUUGAAACAGUACCUGUUUCGAUACAACCGAAGCAGAAGUGUCUGUUAAAUAAUUUCCUUGCAAACAACAAUAAGAAUUUGUUUGCUUCGGCUUAUUUCCCCGUGUGAUCAGCUGAGAAACUUUUUACCGCCAAAGUUUCGCGGGAAGACUUGAUAAGUACAAGUUCUACAAAAAUCCACGCUCCGCGCAAGCUCCGCGCGAGGGCCGCUGAUCGCUUUUUGCAAGGCUCGGUAACGGUACAGUAAUGGUUUCUCUGGAUCACAGUUUUUGCUCGAGCCCAAGUCUUUCGUAUUUUUACCAAACGUUCCUUCAAUAUGAGUGGUAUAAUUAAGUGGUAUAAGUUAUGCUGCUCUUUUAAGCAUUAAACAUGAUGAACUGUUGGACAGUUACGUCAGGGAGUUACAAAUUUCAGCUUGUCAGUUCUUUUUGACGAAGAAUGCAGGGAUUGGAAAUUCAGACGCUAUUUGUUUCUUUGUUGUUUAGGUUCGCGUGAUUGGGCUCACAGAACCUGGGAGUCCAAUGAUGACUCAUCGGUCAAUGGAACUAAGAGCUUUAGAGCAGCAGAGAUUUAGGUAAGCAUGAAUAACAAUACUCUACGUUCUAACCAAACACACUUAUGGUAAAUCCUCUUCACCAAUAAAUUUAUCUAUGCUAUUUUAUUACUUUUUUGUGUUUGUUGAAAUAGAGAGUGUAAUUUUCAAGAAACAAGGGCUCAAGUGUUUCCUUGCAUUACUUUUUUCGACAAGAAUCUCCUCUAUGAAAUGAAAAUCGUGUAUUGCACGUUUUUACGUGAACUGAACACUCUAACCCGCUGUCUAACUGGGAAAUUCAAAGGUUCGGAUAUACUACCCUUUCUUUUAGUAUCCUUGCCAAAUGGUUGUGGUAAGGAGUGUUUUAUCGGUCCUAAAUUUCCCUACAAGAGAAAGAAAGGCCGUUUGCUAGCUAUCAAAGUCUAGUAUUCAUACUAAACACUCCACUUUUAUGUAUCAUAUGUCAAUUCCAAGUGGCCUAAUAUUAAAUAUACUUACACUUUUGUUUCAAAGUGAAAAUGAGUUGAAUGGAAGCAAGGAUAGAAUAAGGUUAGUGCAAUAUUGACAAUAUUAUUUUUGUAUUUUUAUUGUUAUUUAGGUUUUAUAUCACAAGCCAAGCAAAUCAUAUUUUGUUUUCACAAAAUAUAUCUGAAAUUAAAGUGCAAUUGUUAUCACAUAUUUAGUGGACAUAAGGGAGCAUUCAAUAUUCAUUUCCUGGGAGGUGGGGGAGGGAGGGAGGGUUGAGGGAUUUGGGGGGAACCACAUCAUUUUUCAGGGGGGGGGUUGUAGUAAGGAUCAGUUGUGUCCAACAGAGUACAAAGUGGGAACUACAGAAAAUUGACUGUCAAUUAACUACUAAUGCAUAUGGGGGGGGGAGGGAGUCAUGGGAAUUACAGAACCUUAUGGGUGGAUCAGGUAAAUUUUAUUGUGUCACAAUAAAAAAAUCCUCUGACCUUCCUUCCUCCCUCUCCCCCCCCACCUUCCAAGCAAUAAACAACAAUGGUUUCUAGGCAUUAUCUUUCCAGGUGGCUUCUGCAUUUGUUUCAACAGUAACAUGAUUUUUAUUUAGGUAAUUUAUUUAGAACAUCAUUUAAUUUGAGCUUUCUUUGUUUGUUGGAUUAAGAUAUACUGUAUGUUGAAGGAUAAAUUUAGAAUAGGAACCAACUGGUUUGUGAAACCCUCAUGACCUUGAAGUUUCUUUAAAGAAAUGUAAUCAUUCUGCAGAUCUUGUCAAGGUGAAGGUCAACAUUUUCUUACCAAUCAAACUUCUUCAUUGUUUCUAGGGGUGUCGUAAAUUUGUGGAAAGAAUCAAAUCCUGAUUAUAAUGACAAUAAAACAGUAGCUGAUGUUGCCUUGGCCCUGAAGCAGUUUAAACAGAUGACCCAGCAACCACAAAACAGUGCUUCAACUAGAGCACGGUAUUAUUAUUGUACUAUAAUUGUUUGUUUGAUCAUUGAUGUACAUCUGUUUGAAAAACAAAGCGAUUUUCGCACUUUCAUCGGCACAUUUGAUAUUUUUUCCUUUAUUGAUUUUUCUUUGGGGAGAAGUGUGGUUGUUUUCUUUACAAUACUGGAGCCCUAAUUUAGAGGUUCUGAUACAGGCACAGCAUUUGUUGCUCAGAAUCGGCACUGGUGAAAUGAAAAAGCAGCAAUUGCUGACUGGAUUUUUGGCCAGCAGUCAUUUGAUAAAGCACAACAGACACUUCUUAGGUUAUACAAUGACAAUUGUUUGAUAUUGAAAGCUAUAUUUGAGCUGCCUUACUUGAAAUUUCAGCCAGAAGCCUAAUUUCUUAGUUUCAACACUGCAGGCUUUGGUUAGUUAUUGUUUUAGUGGGGCUAUUGGGUGGUACAAUCAACACUCACUGAGUGUCUUUCCAGUCAGAGGUACGGGCAUGUAAUGGCUACUCAUUGGGAAAGCAAUGAAACAGGUUACUUCCCAAGUUUUGUCAGCCAAAACUGGCAAUGGACUGUCAUCCUUUGUGGCUAAAGACUUAACCUCUUUACUCAUUUGAUUUAUUUACAGCUUUCGACAUGCUGCAUUACGCAGCAUUACGAGACAGAAACCUGGUAUAAAAGAACCUGUUAAGGACCAGGAGGAACAAUUAAAUAUGCUAUCGAAAUCUCUUUAUGGGUCUAGAGUUUUUGGCGGAGGUAACUUAACAGUACGCAUAUCCCAUGCCCUUCUCUAUAAAAAUGCCUUAUUUACUAAAGUGUGAUAUAUGAUGAUUUUUAAGGUGGGUUCUGUUAUGUCUUAUUUUGUGGUCAGUUAAUUUUGAGAACAUUUUAGAAAUGACGAUGUAAAUGAAGAUGGUAAUUUUUUUUUUUGUGGAAUCAUUGCCAAGCUUAAUGUGAGAGUUGUGUGCUUUUAGCAUUUUAAAAAUGGAAAUCUACCCUUGUAACUCCAAUCAAAAUUAUAAGAGGGCCAAUCCAAGAUUGUUAAUAUUGAAUUUCAUGUGACAAGUUUUCCUUACAAAUUUAUCACAUUUUGCCUUGGUAUAUAUAUCACAGGAUUUUGUAGCUAUCAUCAUUUGUCGUGUCACACACAACUUAAUCGUGUAUGAGGAAUUCUGAUGAUGAAUUGAUGGAUAGCAUUUUGUUUUCUAAGUUGAUGUUUAGUUAAAUUUUUACUUUCAGAUGAAAAAACCUUUAGCUUCAGUUCAGCAUCAUAUUCAGUUGUAAAAAGUGCAAAGAAACUAACUAUAGAAGUGCAACUCAAUCAAAGGAUAGCAAGGUUUGUGCAAUAUCCAAAUCAGUGAGAACUUCUUGUUUACGUAUAAGCUCUACUGAUUUAAUUUUCCAAGUUGACUUUUACUUAUGUAACUCCCAAAUUUGUAAUUAUAACCGUAGUUUUCCUUUCAACAGAUCACCUUGUGUUCCACGUAAAAAACUUCAAUUAUCAGCUCCUUAUGACCCAUCAACACCCAUUGUUAAUGGCAAAUGGGAACAGCUUGCAAUUCCAAUCAUCAAAGCUGAUUUUCCGGUUUGUUUUUGGUUUGUUUUUUUCUCAUGAAUUACCAAAAAGCUAUUAGUAACUUUAGUCUUCCUUCUCCUUAAACAUCCUCUAUUAUUCAUGGUUUUGAUAACCAGAUGAAUAGUAUUACCACCAUGAUAAUGGUUUCUGCAUUUGAUCUUCAUCAGUUAUCUGUAAAAUGUAUUUAACAUUGCCCACUUUUAACAGGAAAGUAAUGGUGUCCCUUUGUCAAAUCCAAAAAUAAAUGGAGAUUUACCAGCAAGGGAGAGUGUAUACAACAUACGAGAUGCUGUGUCCACAGAGAACAAUGGUGAAUUGCAACUUUCAGAGGAUUCUGCCCAGUCACAAGCUACAACAUUUUAUGUGGAUUACGAGACUCGCGAUGGAAGUGCUAAACAUGGAAAGGACUACCAUAAUUUAAAAGGCACAUUGGUGAGUGUAAUAAUAGUCUUAAAAAUCCUUCAAUUUCAACUGCAUGAAAUCCAGGGCCAACCCAAGAGGCACCACUGAUCAAUGUACAUUUUCUCAAGUUUGACUUUGCCUACAUGUUAGGCAAAGAAUAAAUAUGAAACAAAGCUCAGAUUUGAAAAUGAAUCCUUUCUGAAUUUUUCACCUGAGGAUGGAUUUCAUGUCAAUUGGAUGUCAAAGGAAUUUUGAAGAUAGAGGCAGCUAAUGCUAAAACUUUGUUUUAGAUUUUUACCUGACUUUUGAUACCUUAUUAACAGUGACAGAUGUUAUCAUUAUUAUUAUUAUUAUUGUCAUUAUUAUUAUUAUCAUUAUUAUUAUUAUCAUUUUAACAUCAUUUUCCCAGCUCUUAAGCUUUCUCUGUUUAAAGAUCCUGUUGUACAUUGUUUUGUUUCAUCACCAUAAUUAUAAAAUUUUGUUUUCAUUCUUCUUUUUUGGGGGGGCUUGUUUCAUGUUGUUUUGGUGUGUUUUUCAGACAUUUUGUCCAGGAGAAACCAAGAAGACAUUAACAAUUACAAUAGUCCAUCAUGAUGGAUAUGCUUUGGAAAAAGACUUCUAUAUACUGUUAAAGAAUCCUGUAGGAACUGCUGAAUUGGGAGAACCAAACUUGGCAAGGAUCACAAUAAUAGAUGAUGAUGGUAAUGUCAAAGUUCAUUGUUAAGUUGAUUUAAUCUAUAUCUUUCAUUGGAAGUGCAGUCAAACUUCAGAUAAGAGAAGACACACCCUUGGAACCAGAGAAAGGCUGUCUACUGUGGGAAUUUUAAUGUGUGAAAAUGAACAAUAUUUGAAAUAAUUCUAAGAAUUGAACAAUAGAUAUGUACAGUAUAUGAAAUACUUAGUGGCUUGAAUGCAGUAUUGUGUUAUCUUUCAGAGCCUGGUGAAUUCUCCUUUGAAAAAGCAAGUUAUCAUGCAAAUGUAGUAACUGGUGAUGUCAGUUGCACCAUAAUUAGAAGGAAAGGUUGUGAUGGCACAGUCACACUGACUUACAACACCAUGUAAGUGCUGUCAGUAGUGAAAAAAAAAAAACAAAACAAAUACACUAAGGGCUCGUUAUUUACACAAUGUCUAACCCAAACCAUGGUUUUUUUAUCAGUGGGUCUCAGGCUUUAUCUAUAAGAGGACUGAUGUAAUUGUCAAUAAUGAUGAUAAAUGUCCUUCCACCAUUUGCUUUUGGCCCUCUUGAUACUGUUCACAAAAAUGAAUAUUCAGAUGAAAGGUUCAGCUAAAAUGAGGAUUGUUUAGGAUGAAGUUUUGUUAAACCUUUGUUUAAACGGUUGACCUUUGUUUAGAUAAUCCCAUCUUAAUCUCCUCAAUCUGCAUAUCCUCCCAUAUCCUCUCUCUUUCAUUAUCUGGUAAUUCAGCCAUGUAGUAUGAUACAGUCAGGUUACUAAAAUCCACCUCAGCAUACAUUUAUCUGAUCUGAUGGUAUGUUGUUUGUGUAGGAAUGGUACAGGCAGUGGUGGGACAGAACAGGAACUUGAACAGAAGAAGUGUGAUUAUGAACAGGCAGUUGGCGGAAAGUUGUAUUUUCAACAUGGUGAAACAUCCAAACAACUAAUAAUAAGAGUGAAUCCUGACUGCAAGGUAAUUGAUAAUUGGAGGAAGGUGGUCAUUGCUGAGAGAGCAAUUUUAAAUUGAGUGUCAAAAGUAAUCCAGGGUUGCUGUAAUUUUGCUUUGUUUCAUUCUGUGAUUGGUCCAGAAAACUUGAGCCACUCUCUUAACCAAUCAGAUUCAAAACCGAGGCUAAUGGAAGUUGGUCAUUUGUGUUUUUUGCAUUUUGGAUUAUCAUAGUUUACCUGUUUUUACUUUGGGUUCUCAAUGGUUCCAUUUCAUAUUUUUCUAACUUCUGAUUGGCUGUCAUGAUUACUUUGGUUUUGGUGUGAAAACACUCCAUUGAAAUGCAUUCUGUGAUCAUUAUGUUUGUUAAAUUGAUUCAAUAAAUGUCAACUUAUGAGUGGAGGGAGGAGGAAUAUCCAUUGUAAGGAUUACAUUUCUGAACUGUCUUGCACAUUGUAUAAAGUACUUGACAAUUGAGUUGCUCAUGAUGUUUUUCAUUCUAAAACCAUUGCAGAACGCCCUUUUCUGUAAAUUAGGCAACAUCAUAAACUUUUAUUAAAAUAUCAGUGUGCCUAGUGAAUAAUCUUCUAUCAAGGCAUAGUUUAUCUUUAACAGUGAUUGAAGUACAUUGUGCACUGUUUUAUCAAACUUACUAUAUAGCAGAACGUAGUAGAACAGAAAGGUUGAAUGGAAAAAUUAUAGACCUACCACCAAAAAUUUAAGAUGACAGAUACUGCCUUGAAGUAUAGAGACACUAAGUUGGGGGCUAACAAAAUAAAUAAGAAAAUUAAGAAAUAAGGCCAAUUUUAACGUUUUCCAUUUUGUUCCACUUUCUUUGUAGAAUAAAAACUUUAUUGUGUUAUUGAGUGAUAAAAGCCCUGGUGCUAAAAUAGGACAGAAAAGUGCAGCAGUUAUAAACAUUACAAAUGGUAAGCUUCUUUAAAAAACAUGUGUUACCAGUUGCUUAGUCUUUAAACCCAAGAAAAGUGUUAGUUUCUUAGUCUAUAAACCCAUAAAAAAAUUGCUUGAUAAUAAGGAAGCCACUUGUCCAAAAGUCCAAAAGUCCAAAAGUCGGCUGAGACCAGGGAGGAGGGAUAGAUUGGCUGAUAUCCAUGAAUGUUUUGACUGGUUUGAUUUAAUUUAUAAUGUUAUUAAUUUACCUUGCAUUACUAGUAAAAGCAAAUGGCAUCAUGAAAAUGCCUUUUGAGUCACAUACAUUCCCAGCUUACUUUGUAUCAUGACAAUUAUUAUUAUCAUCAUUGCUGCCAUCAUGAACAGAAAAGACACCAUUAAGACAUAGCUUGGCAUAGCAGGGUGGUGGAUGUGUGUCUCAGUAUUGAUACCAUUUUCAUAUUCAGAUUUGAAUUCACUUUCAAUUUUAAUUUGCAUCUUAGAUGUUGAUAACAUUGUGGAGCGAGUUGCCAACAUUAAUGACAGCAGAAGAUGAACAAAGUCUGACCAAAAGUUGGAGAACACAAUUUGAAGAGUAAGUGCUGAAUAUUUCACUCUAAACAUUUCUCCUUGAAUGUUCCAAAGUUGUUUUAUCCUUCAAACACCAUUUUCAAUUGUCACAUCAGGGCAAUGGUUAUUCAGGGGGAGGAGGAUGAUGAAGGAAACACAGAACCACUCAGCAUUAUGGACUUUGUCCUUCAUUUUCUCACAUUUUUCUGGAAAGUGCUAUUCGCCUUCAUUCCUCCAAGGUAACUCCUUUGUUUUCUAUUUUUACAUUGAUAUGUUGCUUUUGCAGACUUUCACCACAAUCAUGCUCUUUUAUGUGUUUGAGAGAAGAGAAUGAAAGAGACACAAGAUAUAAACUUAAUCUGACCUUAACUCUAAGAAGUGAUUAACUUACAUGUAUAACUUCUCCCAAUAAUAUUGAUAUAUUAUCCACCAAACAGGUAAUGAGAAUACUCACGGUUAUCAGGUAGAAGUUGUCACCUUGAUCCAAUGCCCAAUUCUCAUAACUAGUCUACAAGGUAAUGUUAAGCAGCAAGAGAGGAGAAUUUACAAUCAGGUCUUGGGAAGUAAAUGGUUAAGCAUUACACCUUGGAAAACCUCAGUAGAUGUAGACAAUUGUUUGCUGUUUUUUUUUUGUUUAGGAACUGUUGUGGUGGAUGGCCAGCAUUUUUCAUGUCUUUGUUAGUUAUAGCGGGACUGACUGCAUUGGUAGAACAGGUAUGUUUGAUCCACAAACUCUCAAUAUUUAAUGAAUAAAUUGAUUAAGAAAUAUAUAUUAAUAAGUAAAAAAAUAACUAUUUUUUACUGACAACAGUAACUACAUGUAAUUGUAUUUUAAAUCAUCUGGUCACUAGUAGGUUUUUCUUGCACAUGUUCAUAUCAAGUUAGCCAAGAGUUUAUUUUCAUGUUGUUUUACAGCUUGGCAAACUCCUGGGUUGUGCCAUAGGACUUAAGAACAGUGUUACAGGAAUCACUAUCAUAGCAAUUGGUACUAGCUUACCUGAUACCUUUGCCAGCCGCUCUGCUGCAUUGCAAGAUAUUGGAGCAGAUGCCUCAAUUGGGAAUAUCACAGGUUUGUGCAACUGCUACAGUCAUUAUCCGAUCAUGUCACUGUGCUGGCUUAUUUUCUAUGAGAUUGACUUUGUUGUCACAAAGUAACAGCAGUUGUGUUUAGUUUGCACAAUUUUAAGUACUGAAGUGAGGACUGGAGACACUGUUAAUGUUGACUGAACAUAAUAGUGAUUAAUUAAACUUUCAACAUGUUUGAAUGUGAACUUGAUUUUUUUUUAGAGGUUCUUAGUGCUUGGUGUUAUUGGAUUUUAGUGUAAUAUUAAAACUUUUAUCAUUUAGAAAAUAUGAAUGAAUGUGUAAAAAAUUGUGUAUAUCAGCAGCUUGAAGCACAUAGUUUCCUCAAGCUUUGUUUCAAAAAAAAGAAUUGUUAGCUUAGAACUUGACGUCUUUAGACAAACAUCAAUUUCCAACCUGUUGAAGCUUACUAUGCAUGCACAAUUAACCAUAAAAAACCGUGACGUGAUGUUUUUUCAAAAAUUUGAAUUUUGUUGUUUUUUAGUUAAAAACCAGUGAUUUUUGUAUAAUAGUUGUUCAGUCACAAAUCAAGUAUAAAUAUGAUAAAAACGUUCUUUAGAAAGAGUUUUAAAAAAUCUUUUCUACAGACAUUUACACAAUAUAUUGAUCAUGUCUAGUUAUAUGAUACCUUUGUUGUUUGCAGGGAGUAACAGUGUGAAUGUGUUUCUCGGUCUUGGGUUGCCAUGGGUGAUAUCAACUUGUUAUCAUGCAGUGAAGAAGACAAAGUAUAUUGUGUACAGUGGUAAUCUAACCUUCUCUGUGCUGGUCUUCACAACUUUUGGACUCAUUUGCCUUGCAACCCUUGUCAUUAGAAGAAUGGUGAGCUGAUUGUUAUGCAGGGUUUAAUUAUUGUGAGAAAUGUACUUUCCUGUGGAAACUAUUUAAUUACAUGAUUUUUUUUCAUGAAAUAAUGAAUUUUGACUGCUGAGGUAUAUUGGUAAGUUUCUGGGUCAAUACAAUGUUACUGUGUGCGUGUAAUUAGAGAAAAAAUGUUUGGAUUAAAUCUUUUUAAGAGAAAUAUUUAUUCUAUAAAUUGUAUCUUCAUUGCUUUCACUUGUAAGUUAUUUCUGUAUACUUUUGCUUUAAUUUUCAGAUUUUUGGAGGAGAGCUUGGUGGUCCUGCAACAUCAAAACAAAUGACUGGGUUCUUCUUGGUUUUCCUGUGGUGUUGUUAUGUUGUGGUAUCAGCACUUGUGGCAUAUGACAUCAUUCCUGUUGGUCUUUGACACCUUCAGCACAAACACUUAUUUAUGAAGUUGCUUCACCAUAUUGUGUGGACAAUCAAAUUGAAAUCAUUCUGUUUUGUCAAAUUACUUGAGAAGAAUGGCAACAUGACUUAGGAGACUUAUAUUGAACCACCAAGGAACAAAAAUCUGAGCAACUGUGUUGAACUCAUCUGGCUACGUGUUAAUAUCUACCACACAUAGGGGAAAAUAUUGGUGGACUCUGUGGCUUUGGAUGGAGUUGUUUUAAGUUACAGAGUUGUGUGUGAAAGGGUCAUAUACAAUUGGGUGUAUCUCAGAGAAAAUGCCUUUGUUGCUGGAAAUACCAGGUUGGAAAGAUUUGGGUUUGUGAAUGCCUUAACAUGGCAGAAAUAAUUAAAUUGUAUUUUCCCUGUGUUCCAGGGCAGUGUGAUCAAAAUGAGUGAAAGGAUUACCCUUUUAAAGGACACAGACAGUGAAGCAAAAUCUAGGCCAUAGGCUUCUGGUCAGAAUUGUGACCUGUUCUAAGGCCAGUGUGUAAAUUGGAUUUUGCAGUUUAACUAGGGACAGAAGCACUACAACAGUCUAAAAAUUCCAAGUCUUCAAGAAAAUAAAGCCAUCCAUUGCCAUAACUAAGCCUGGUUUGAUACAGAAUCAACUGUGAGGCCUGAAUGUGACACAAAAAGGAGGUUUUAUAUGUCUAGAAAUAGAGUCAUAUUUAUGAGGAAGUCUUGUGCUUAGCUUUAAUUUGAAAUUGAGAGAUUUUUAGAGAGGAAAUGGCUUCUUUAAGUCCAGUUGAAGAUUGCCAUUGCAUGAUGCAUGGUUCUUAAUAGUGAGGUGGCAAAAUUAUUUUCAAACACAACAGGACCCACCUCUGUUUAUGAAAUCUGUUCCGACAGAGGAGAGAACACCUGAGAUCACAAUAGCUCUUAUUCAAGUUGUCAGUUUGAAUCUGCUAGUAAUUCUUGACAUGCAAUAUAAGAUUUACAUUAUAAAAUAAUUUAUCAACAGAUUAUUGUAAAUAUAUUGUUUGUUGUAAAUAGUACUUUACUGCAGAAACAGAGUGGAUGUAAUUUAUUUCCAUUAUUGCAGUCUGUAGGCCAAAUAAUAAAAGCUUGCUUUUGUGUG